CGCGCACUCACAUUCAUCACACUCUAACCAACUAUUCAGGUUCUGGGGACCUCCUCACUGACUGUCAAGUUAUGACAGGACCGUUCGUUGUAUUCCCUUUGUCUUUGAGUAAUGCUAAGUUGGUUACAGUGAUUACAUGACUAACUUCGGUGAAGGAAAUUGCACCGAGGCAUUUCGCACAUUCAAAACAACUCAUAAAUGCAACGUCUUUUGUCGAGUGUUUGAUUUGCAGCCCUUCAUCAUAGCUGAGCAAGGCUCUGUAUAUACCACUAUUUUGAAUGUGUAUCCUUAAAGUAAACGAGGGCGUCGAGAUUCUUCCCCGCUUUGUCCGACAUGAAAAUUUGAGAUACGCGUUUGAGAUCG